GCCGUCCCGCUUGGCCAUGGGGGGCCUCCCGCUGUGGCUUGGGGCGGCCCUCGCCUGGGCCGCGGGGCUGGGCGGCCCACCCCCUCGCUCCGAAGCAGCCUGCGUCCACCGGGGCUUCCGAUUUGAGAGUGCUGCCGUUUGGAAGUCCGAUUCCUGCCAGGAGUGCCGUUGCCAUGGAGAACUCGUUCUCUGCAAACCUGUUCUGUGCAGGGACCCCGGGUGUGACACGGAGAAGGGGGAGGUGUUGCAAAUCGGUCCCGGGCAGUGCUGCCCGGAGUGUGUCUCCCGACUCCAAGGAUCGUGCCGGCAUGAAGGGGAAGUCCAUGCGCACGGGACAGAGUGGCCGAGCUGGCCGUGUGGCGUGUGUUGGUGUACGAACGGCACGGUGCGCUGCCGCAGGGAGCCCUGCCCGGCCCUAUUCUGUGGGCCCGGGACUGUGGCGCGGGUGCCUGAAGGCGGGUGCUGUCCACAGUGCCUGGGCACGGGAGAGUCCUGCCUGCUGGACGGCCGCCCGCUUCAGGAUGGGGAAGAACGGCAGCUGAGCCGCUGUGCCAGGUGUGUGUGCCAAAACGGGACAUCCCAGUGCUUCUCAGCCCAGUGCCCGUCGCUGCUGUGUCCCCAGGGUGAGAAGGCGGUCCGACUUUCAGGGCACUGCUGUCCCCGAUGCCUCCCGAGAACGUGCGUCACUGCUGCCGGGACUGAGCGCCAGCACGGAGAGCAGUGGGCUGAGGGGCCUUGCGUCACCUGUCAGUGCGUCGGAGGGGAGACUCGCUGCCGCCGGGCGGCUUGUGUGCCACAAGCGUGUGACCAGGGGCAGAGCCCGGGGCAGCGGCCCGGAAAGUGCUGCGAGCACUGCCAGCCUUCUGAAGGAGCCUGUUGGUCCGACGGUGCCCUCAGGAGCCCGGGUGAGCUGUGGGCCGGGCCGGCCUGUGACUUCUGCUCCUGCGAGCGAGGCCGGGUCACCUGCCAGCCCGUGGAGUGUGCCCGCGGGGACUGUGCCCAGGGUGAAGAACGAAUCCACUUGGCAGGAAAAUGCUGCCCCGAAUGCCUUCCCCGGCGGAGACACUGUGCAUACGAAGAGGUCACAGAAGUGGGAAGUGCCCAGUUGACAGUCUCCGACUUGAGCGACGCGAGACACAUCCCGGAGGGGGAGACGGGGCAUCUGGGUUCGUGCCAGAUAUGCGAAUGCCAGGACACCCAGGUGAUCUGCUACCAGCCCUCCUGCCCACCAUGCACUGUGGGCACAUGGGCCAUGGCGCGGACGGGACAUUGCUGUCCAGAAUGCACGGCAGUGCCCUGUCACUCAUCCUGCUUGGCCUGUUCUCGGUCCCCGGAGUACUGCGACCGCUGCCGCGAUGCCGCGAAGCUGCUGCAGGACGGACGCUGUGUGGCCACCUGCCACCCGGGCUUCUACCAGGAGGGUGGUGCUUGUUUAGCCUGCCAGAAGGACUGCCUCACCUGCACCAGUGGCUUCCAGUGCUCCUCCUGUCCGGACUCCCGGCUGCUGAAGGAAGGGCGUUGUGUGGCCACCUGUGGGGACGGUUUCUACCAGCAUCACCGCUCCUGCGCAGUUUGCCACCGGUCCUGUGCAGCGUGCCGGGGCCCCACGGGCAAGGACUGCCUGGCCUGCCGAGACCGGGCCCGGGUGCUGAAAGCUCACGCCUGUGAAAGUCGCUGCGGCCGGGGGUUUUACCGGCAGGAUGGCGUCUGUAUCGCUUGCGACUCGUCAUGUGAGAGCUGUGGGCCGGACAGCCCUCUCUGCCUGUCCUGCGCCGGGAGCGCAGUGAUGCACGGUGGCAAGUGCCUUGCCGAGUGCCCGGGUGGUCACUACCCCGAUGCCACGCGCAGAUGCCAAGCUUGCCACAUCUCUUGCGCCGGUUGUACAGGACCCUCUGCCACCCACUGCACCCUCUGCUCCCCCUCGCUGGCUCUGUACCAAGGGCGCUGUCUACCCGGCUGCGGAGCGAGCUUUUAUUCCCAAAACGGGAUCUGCCAAGCUUGCCAUCCGUCUUGCCUGAGCUGCAUGGGCCCAGGACCAUCUGACUGUACCCGCUGUUGGAACCCGGAGGAGGGACUGCAGGCAGAGCGGCAUCUCCGGGAGACCCCCGUGGGCACGUGUCUGUCCCGGUGCAAACCCCAGUUUUACUUGAAGGACACUGGGUUCUGUGAAGCGUGUGACGGCUCCUGUGGGGCGUGUGUGGGGAGCAGCCCGCAUAACUGCACCGCCUGUGCCUCUACCCACGUGCUGCUCGACGGUCGCUGCCUCGCCCACUGCCCGCCCGGGUUCUUCAGGCAGGAGGUGGCCUGUUCCGCCUGUCACCCGACCUGCCGAGAGUGCCAUGCGGGCUCAGACUCCGACUGCACCGCGUGCCACCCGCACGCGGCCCUCAGUGGCGGAACCUGCCGGAAUGGCUGCCGGGACGGGCAGUAUCUCGACCUCGUGGGCUCCUGUGCGGGCUGCCACCCACUGUGCCAGCACUGCACAGCCGACCCGCGCCACCGAGGCAGCCUGUGCCUGCGGUGUCAGAGUGCCCGCCACGUGCUGCUGGGGGACGGCUGUGUGCCCACCUGCCCCGCCGGCUACUACACAGGGCGAGGCGCCUGUACCAAGUGCCAUCCCUCGUGCAAAUCCUGCCGCGGGGAAGGCCCGGCUUCCUGUUCGUCCUGCGAUGAGGCCCUCGUCCUGUCCCAUACUGGCAGGUGUGUCACGGCCUGCCACCCAGGGUACUAUUUGGACGAGGGACGCACGUGCCAGGUGUGCGACAGUCUGUGUCGGAGCUGCGAUUCACCCACGAGCUGCACGUCCUGCAGAGACCCGGCUCAGGUCCUUCUCCGGGGCAAGUGCCUGGACAGCUGUGGUCAGCAGUAUUUCCUCGACGUCGCCACCCGGACUUGCAAAGAGUGCCACAGGAGCUGCAGUGCCUGCCAUGGGCCCCUGGGCACAGACUGCCUGCAGUGCGGGAGCGGCCAAGCGCUGCAGGAUGGCACUUGUGUGCCACACUGCUCGCCGGCCUUCUACCGAGACUCGGACACCUGCAGUAGCUGUGACGAAGGCUGUCUGCGGUGCUGCGGGCCCCGGCGGUGCUCUCUCUGCGAAGCCCCGUUCCUCCUCCAAGAAGGCGUCUGUGUGCCCCAGUGCCAGCAGGGCCGCUUCCCGGAUCUCACCCGGAAGGCCUGCACAGCCUGUCCACCUCAGUGCCUGCAGUGUGACCGGGAGGAGCAGUGCCUCGUGUGCUCGGGCAGCACGCUUCUGCAGGAGGGACGCUGUGUGACCAGCUGCGGGCCCGGAUUCUACCCUCACCCCCAGAGUGGAGCAUGCCAAGGCAACGCACACCCGCCCGUCCUCCGAGCAAACGGCUCCCUCGUCCUGGGCGCGGGGUCAACGAGGCCUCUGGACCCCUCCCUCCUCGACGUGCACGACCCAGACGGCGGUGUCGCCGACCUCCUGUUCCAGGUCCUGCGUCCCCCCACCAAUGGCCGGCUGCUGCUCCGACGGGCCGGCGCGGAGAGGCGGCUGCUCCCGGGCAGCGACCCCUUCACCUGGGACGACCUCCGGGAGCAGAGCGUUCUUUUUGUGCACAGUCCGGAGAUGCCCAGACGAGGUCACUUUUCCCUGCGGGUCAGCGACGGACAGUUCUCCUCUGAGCCGGAAAGGAUCGACACCCUGGCGUUCUCCACCCAGGGCCCUUACGUGCUGAGGAACGAGGCCCUCCGGCUGGGCCCGGGGGAGACCGGGGCCAUCUCCCCCCAGCUGCUGGACGUCCGCGAUGACGACGACCACCCGCGGGAUGUGGUGGUGGAAGUGGUGGACCCCCCCGCGCACGGCCGGCUCUCCCUGUCACCGGGGCCCGCGGGGGUCCCCGUCCGCCAACUCCGACUGGACGAGCUGGCCGCCGGCCACCUGCGCUACGCCCACGACGGCUCGGACGGCCCAGCCGACGCGUUCCUCCUGCAGGCUGGAGACGGGCAUUCCUUCUGCAACAUCCUGCUCCGGGUGCGGAUCGCCCCAGAGGAUGGCGGUAGUGAAAGCAGCGGGGCUCGAUUGCUGGCCAACUCCGUGGCCUGGGUCCCAGGAGGAGGAUUGCUGCCCAUCACCAGGCAGAUCCUGCGGGCCGAAGUGCCGGGUGCCAGGCCCUCAGAGAUCGUCUACGUCGUCACACGGGACCACCCCGAAUUUGGGGAGGUGGUUCUUCUUCCGACCUUGCCUGCGGAUGGCCCAGCCGACGGGACAGAUGGGGAGGGAGCCCCGAUCCCCGCCACCACCUUCACCCAGCAAGACAUCGACGACGGGUCGGUGUGGUACCGGCUCUCCGGGGCCCCGGCUAAGGCCCAGGAAGACUCUUUCCGCUUCGAGGUGUCCAGCCCUGCCAGGCGGCCCCAAAGCCAUGCCAAGAGCCACGUGUUCCGCAUCGGGAUCCUGCCCCAAACGCCGGGAGCCCCCCAGCUCUCCUCGGGCUCCUCCCUCCACAUGGAGGUGCGGGAAGAUCGGGUGACCGUGAUCCAGCCCCGCUCCCUCUCCUUCGAAGACUCCGACAGUCCGAGCGGAGAGAUCGUGUACCACGUCACUAAACCACUACCACCAAAUCAAGGGUCCGUGGAGUACCGAGACAGGCCGUACUCUCCCGCCCAGUCCUUCACGCAGGCAGACGUUGACGAGGGAAAAGUCGUUUACCGACCUCCGCCGGCUGCUCCGCACCUCCAGGAGCUGAUGGCCUUCUCCUUCGCUGGUCUCCCUGAAUCGCUCACCCUCAACUUCACAGUAUCGGAUGGUGAGCACACGACUCCAGAGAUGGCCCUGACACUGCACUUACUUCCCACCAACGGACAGCCUCCUGGGCUCCAGAUCACCGCUCCGGUUCUGGAGGUUGAACAGGGGGACAGAGCCCCCCUCGGAAUUCAGCUGGCAGGGAGCGAGGCAGAGCUGGCUCCUGGAGAGCUCGUCUUUGAGCUAGUGAAACCUCCCCUCCACGGUGGACUCUUGAAGUACGCAGCGGGUUUCCAAGGCCCCAUGGAAGCAGGCGAUACCUUCACGUACGAGGACGUAGUCCGGCAGGCUGUGCUUUAUGGGCACGAUGGCUCCUCGGCCCCAGAAGACAGCUUGGAGAUCUCAAUCACCGGAGGCCUUACCCGGGCAACCACAGUCGUGAGAGUUCAUGUCUCCGUGCCGGGCAGCGGCAGUCCGAGGCUGGCAGCCGGCUCCACCCUGACCAUCACUGUGGCUACUAGGAGUUCUGUGGUCCUCACUAGGGCACAUCUUGCUUACGAGGCCGGCUCUUCCCCCGACUCCGAGGUCCGGAUCCAGUGUGCCGCUGUGCCCCUGCUUGGCACCCUCACCAGGACGGCGGGGCUGGAGGUGGAAGAGCUCUCCGAGGCUUCCAGCUUCACCAUGGAAGACGUCAACAGCCACAGCAUCAGGUACUGGACUGGCUUUGAGACGGAUGGCCAUCCCGCCACCGACAGCUUCCGCUUCUCAGUCGCCGCCGCCCUUGGCCACCUGGAUGACCAGGUCCUCACCAUCACCAUCGUGCCGGGCCGGAAGCAGCCUCCCAUCCUCACGUUUGCGGACCUCAUCACUGUGGACGAAGGCGGGAGAGCCCCGCUGACCUUUCACCAUUUCUUUGCCACCGACUCCGACCCCAUUCCAGAUGGUGUGGCGGUGACCAUCUGUUCUGCCCCGAAAUUCGGCUGCAUCGAGAACACCCGCACAGGAGGGCGCUUUGGGCCCGAAGGCAGCGGGGGCAGGUUGGGAUCGUUUCUCGUCCGGGACAUCCAGGAGCACCACGUUUACUACUUCCAGAGCGUCCACGAGCUCACCGAGCCGACCCAUGAUGCCUUCAGCUUCUACGUGAGCAAUGGCUCCCUCCAGGCCAAGAUCCACACCGUGAACAUCACCAUCCAGAGGAAGAGCGACAGGUCUCCCAGGCUGACCCUGCAGCCUGUCCAGGUGUGGACCAGCUCAGGAGCGCUGAUCCAAAACACGUCCAUCACCCUGAAAGACCUGGACACUCCCGACGACCAGCUGAUGUUCCUUCUCACCAGAGAGCCCGAGCAUGGGCGUCUCCGCCGGAAGGAGCAACAGGCGGGAGCCUUGGCGGAUGGGCGGGUCCUAUCCCAGGGAUCCUCCUUUACCUAUCGGGAUGUCGUGGAUGGACUGCUGGGGUACACGCCGGACCUCCCCGCCGCCUCCGCUGACGAGUUCCACUUCUCCGUCACCGACGGCCUCCACACCGAGACCGGAAGGAUGGAGAUCCACCUACACCUGCCCGAGAGCCAACUCCUCCACUUGACCCGGAACCAGGCCCUGCAGCUUCCAGCAGGUUCCACGGCGCGCAUCACGGAGCGGCACCUGCAUGUCGCCGACAAGGAUUCCGGGGGUCUGCGCGUCAGGUACGUCGUGAAGAAAGACCCCGGCGUGGGCCACCUGCAGAUGACUCAGAGGGGCCAACCGGUGUAUGUCUCAGCCCUCGGGCCCGUCCGGAGCUUCACCCAGGCCGACGUCAGCAACGGGCUGGUGGAAUACAGUCACCCGGGAGGAGAAUCCGGAGGGGAAUUCGGCUUUCAGUUCGAUGUGGUCAACGGGGAAGGCAGCGAAGGCGGCCGGCUGGUCGACCAGUACUUCACCAUCAGGGUUCUGGAAGACAACCUGCCGCCCUCCAUCACAGCCAACGAGGGACUGGUGUUGGAUGAAAAUUCCGUGAAGACCAUCACGACCCUGCAGCUCUCGGCUACCGACCGGGACAGCGGCCCCGAGAAGCUGCGCUAUCGGGUCACCCAGCAGCCCCAGCUCGGUCACCUGGAGCACUCGGCCUCGCCAGGCACCCCGAUCAGCUCCUUCACUCAAGCCGACCUGGCUUCCUGGGGCGUCCAGUAUAACCACACCAGCACCGCAGAGACCCACGCCGACGCCUUCAGUUUCACCGUCUCUGACGGCACCAACGAGGUGGGUCAGACGUUCCACAUCUCCAUCAACCCCGUGGACGACUCGCUGCCUGUGGUAACCAGCCCGGGGAUGCGGGUGCAGGAGGGCCUGAGGAAAAUCAUCUCAGAGUUUGAGCUGAAAGCCACUGAUGCGGACACCGAGGCCGGGUCAGUCACCUUCACCGUGGUGCAGCCCCCACGCCACGGCACAAUCGACCGCGUCAGCGAUGGCCAGCUCCCUCGCCGGACUGCCACCUUCACCAUGGAGGACAUCUACCAGAGUAGGGUCAGCUACAGACACGACGGCAGCGACUCGCUCAGAGACCGCUUCACCUUCACCGUGUCGGACGGCACCAACCCCUUCUUCAGGGUUGAGGAAGGAGGGAAAGAGAUUGUGACAGCGGCUCCUCAGAAGUUCAGAGUGGACAUUCUACCCAUCGAUGAUGGUACCCCAAGAAUUAUUACCAACCUGGGGCUGCAGUGGCUAGAGUAUAUGGAUGGCAAGGCCUCAAACCUCAUCACCAAAAAGGAGUUGCUGACCGUGGACCCCGACACGGAGGACCAGAAGCUGGUAUACGAAAUAACGAGCAGCCCCAGACACGGUUCCCUGCGCCACGGACUGCAGCCUGGAGCCGCGGUCACCACGUUCACGCAGGAGGACGUGAACCUGGGGUUGUUGCGGUAUGUGCUGCGUGAUGAGAAGAUUCAGGAGACCAUGGACAGUUUCCAGUUUCUAGUGAAAGACAGCUUGCCUAAUGUGGUCAGCGACAACACUUUCCACAUUCAGUGGUCCCUCAUCAGCUUUAAACACACCAGCUACAAUGUCAGCGAGAAGGCGGGCUCUGUCAGCGUCACCGUGGAGAGGACCGGGAACCUCAACCAGUACGCCAUCGUCCUGUGCCACAGCAAGCAGGGCACUGCCACUUCCACCUCUAGCCCGGGCUCCAAACCCGGGCAACCGGACUUCGUGGAGUACGCUGGCCAGGUGCAGUUCGAUGAGCGGGAGGACACCAAGUCCUGCACCAUCGUCAUCAACGACGACGAGGUGUUCGAGAACAUUGAGAGCUUCACCGUGGAGCUCAGCAUGCCCGCUUACGCCUUACUGGGAGCGGUCACCCACGCCGAGGUGAACAUCAACGACACGGAAGAUGAGCCCACCCUGCAGUUCGACAGGAAGACCUACAAAGUCAACGAGAGCGCCGGAGUCCUGCUCGUCCCCGUCGAGAGGAGCGGGGAUUCCAGCAGCGUCGUCUCCGCCAUCUGCUACACGGUCCCCAAGUCGGCCAAGGGGAGCAGCCUGUACGCCUUGGAGACUGGCUCGGACUUCAAGUCGCGGGGCUUGUCGGAGGCCAGCCGGGUCGUCUUGGGGCCCGGGGUCACCCUGGCCGCCUGCGAGGUCGUGCUCAUCGACGACAGCGAGUACGAGGAGGAAGAGGAGUUCGAGGUGGUCCUGGCUGGGCCCUCCGCCAAUGCCCGGGUGGGACCGGCGUCUUCGGCCACAGUUAUCAUCAGCGGGCCCAACGACGCCUCCACAGUGGCCCUGGGCAACACCGCCUUCACCGUCAGCGAAGAUGCAGGUCUGAUCGAGAUCCCGGUUGUCCGUCGCGGCACCGACCUGUCCACCUCCGCGUCCGUCUGGUGUGCCACUCGCCCUUCCGACCCGCCGUCAGCCACUCCCGGCGUGGACUACAUCCCCAGCUCCAGGAAAGUGGAAUUCAGGGCUGGCGACACUGAACGGUCUUGCCCCUUGACCAUCUUGGACGAUGCUCAGAAGCCAGCGAUAGAAGGCCUGGAGACUUUUGUGGUGUUCCUGAGCUCAGCCCAGGGGGCUGAAUUAAGCAAACCCUCCCAAGCUGUCAUCGCCAUCAACGACACCUUCCAAGACGUCCCGAGCAUGCAGUUCGGCAGAGAUUCGUACCCAGUGAGAGAGAAGGACGGCGCCGUGCACAUUCCCGUCCUCCGCAGCGGCGACCUGAACUACGAGUCCUCCGUCAGGUGCCUGACCCUGAGCCAGACGGCUCGGGUCGCGGAGGACUUCGAGGGAAGGAGCGAUGCCGACAGCGCCCGCAUCACGUUCCUGAAAGGGGAGAAGGUGAAGAACUGCACAGUCUAUAUCAACGACGACUCCAUGUUUGAACCAGAGGAGCGGUUCACCGUCUCCCUGGGACAUCCUCUUGGGAACCACUGGUCCGGAGCCCGUAUCGGGAAGAACAGCGUGGCCACAGUCACCAUAUCCAACGAGGAAGACGCGCCUACGAUCGAGUUCGAAGAGGCCGCGUACCAGGUGCGGGAACCACCGGGGCCCGAGGCGGUGGCCGUGCUGAGCGUCGGGGUGAUCCGCAGAGGGGACUUGAACCGGACAUCGAAGAUCCGCUGCAGCACCCGCGACGGCUCUGCCCAGUCCGGCCUCGACUACUACCCCAAGAGUCGCAUUCUCAAGUUCGGGCCAGGCGAGGCCCGCAACGUCUUUAAAGUGGAGAUCAUGUCCAACGAAGACCGGGAGUGGCACGAAUCUUUCUCCCUCGUCCUGGGCCCGGACGAGCCGGUGGAGGCUGUGCUGGGAGACGUGGCCACGGCAACGGUGACCAUUCUGGACCAGGAGGCCGCUGGGAGCUUGAUACUGCCUGCCCCACCGAUUGUGGUCUCCCUGGCCGACUACGACCACGUCGAUGAGGUCACCAAGGAAGGGGCCAAGAAAUCCCCCUCACCAGGCUACCCGCUGGUCUGCGUGACGCCCUGCGAUCCCCACUACCCGCAGUUCGCCCUCACCAAGGAGCGCUGCGGUGAGGCGGGCAUCAACCAGUCUUCGGUGCGGUUCAGCUGGGAGGUGGCCGCCCCUACCGACAGCAGCGGGGCGCGCUCCCCCUUCGAGGCCGUGACCGACAACACGCCCUUCACUGGCGUCAACCACGUGGUCCUGGACAGCAUCUACUUCAGCCGGCGCUUCCACGUGCGCUGCGUGGCCAAGGCCGUGGACAAGGCGGGCCACGUGGGGACCCCCCUGAGGAGCCCUGCCGUCACCAUAGGGACCGACAGCGCCCUGUGCCACACGCCUGUGGUGGCCGGCACCGCCAGGGGCUUCCAGGCCCAGUCGUUCAUCGCCACCCUGAAAUACCUGGACGUCAAGCACAAGGAACAUCCAAACAGGAUCCACAUCUCCGUGCAGAUCCCCCACCAGGACGGGAUGCUGCCUCUCAUCUCCACGAUGCCCCUGCACAAUCUGCACUUCCUAUUGUCCGAGUCCAUCUACCGGCACCAGCACGUCUGCUCCAACCUCAACACUGCCCGAGACCCGAAGGGCACCUCUGGAGCAGGAUUCCUGGGCGAGGGAGAGACUGGCAGCGGCCUGGCCCUGGGCCCGGGCUACGACCGGCCCUAUCAGUUGGACCCCAGGGUCCGGGAGCCAAAGACCGUCCAGCUGUACAAGCACCUAAACCUGAAGAGCUGCACUUGGACCUUCGACGCCUACUAUGACAUGACGGAGCUGAUUGACGUCUGCGGGGGCUCCGUCACUGCCGACUUCCAGGUGCGAGACUCGGCUCAGUCCUUCCUGACGGUGCAUGUUCCCCUCCACGUGUCUUACAUCUACGUGACGGCCCCGCGGGGCUGGGCAUCCCUGGAGCACCACACGGAGAUGGAAUUUUCCUUUUUCUACGACACUGUUCUCUGGAGGACAGGAAUUCAGACGGACAGCGUGCUCUCCGCCCGGCUCCAGAUCGUACGCAUCUAUAUCCGAGAGGAUGGCCGUCUGGUCAUCGAGUUCAAGACCCACGCCAAGUUCCGAGGACAUUUUGUCAUGGAGCACCACACCCUGCCCGACGUCAAGUCAUUCCUGAUGGCGCCGGACCACCUGGGGGGCAUGGAGUUUGCCCUGCAGCUUCUGUGGAGCGCCCAGACCUUCGAUUCUCCCUCGCAGCUCUGGAGGGCCACCAGCUCUUACAACAGGAAGGACUACUCCGGGGAGUACACCAUCUUCCUAAUUCCGUGUACGGUGCAGCCCACCCAGCCGUGGAUCGACCCGGGAGACAAGCCCCUGGCUUGCACCGCGCAUGCUCCGGAAAGAUUCUUGAUCCCCAUCGCCUUCCAGCAGACCAGCCGCCCGGUCCCCGUGGUCUACUCGCUAAACACCGAGUUCCAACUGUGCAACAACGAGAAAGUCUUUCUGAUGGAUCCCAGCACGCCGGACGUGUCCCUGGCAGAGAUGGACUACAAGGGCGCCUUCUCCAAGGGCCAGACGCUGUACGGCCGCGUGCUGUGGAAUCCAGACCAGAACCUCAACUCGGCCUACCGCCUGCGGCUGGAGAAAGUCUACCUGUGCACCGGCAAGGACGGCCACGUGCCUUUCUUCGACCCCAUGGGGACCGUCUACAAUGAAGGGCCCCAGUACGGCUGCAUCCAGCCCAACAAACACCUCAAGCACAGGUUCCUGCUCCUGGACCGCAGCCAGCCCGAAGUUACUGACAAGUACUUUCAGGACGUGCCUUUCGACGCCCACUUUGCUUCCGACCUGGCCGACUUCCACCUGGUCAGCAGCAUGCCGGGCGUGGAUGGAUUUACUCUGAAAGUCGACGCGCUUUAUAAGGUGGAGGCGGGCCACCAGUGGUAUCUCCAGGUCAUCUACAUCAUCGGCCCCGACAGCCGUACGCAGCGCUCUUUCACGUCCCCCCUGAGGCGCAGUCGCAGGGACCUGCUGGACGACUCCCUCAUCUACAACAACGAGGGGGACCAGGUGAAGAACGGCACCAACAUGAAGGCCCUGAGCCUGGACGGGCCGGAGGCCGGGGCGGCCUCCACCGCGGCGCAGACCGGGGCCUCGGUCGGCAGCGCCGUGGCGGCUGCCCUGCUGCUGCUGCUGCUGCUGCUGGGGGGAUGCUGCCUCACUAAGAGGAACCGGCGACCGAGGAGGAAGGGGCCGGACGGGCCCGGCCCGGAGGACUACCCUCUGAACAGCAAGAUGGACGUGCCCAAGCGGAACCCGGAGCCGGGGGAGAAGAACGCCGGCCGGCACUUCUGCACCGUGCGGAACGUCAAUCUCUUACGGGAAAAUGAGGCCCUCCACAAGGUCAGAGGCGUCAAGGUCAAGCAAGUGAACCUGGAAGUCAAGGUUCACAAUAACCUACAAGACGGGACGGAAGUUUGAGGAUGUGCACGCGCCCUCAUCUUCUUUUUUUUUCAUCUUUUUAUAAAUUGUAAAAAAAAAUAAUAGGCAAAAAAAAUCACUGGUAUUUUUAUAAUCUUCCAGAAGAAGGGAAAACGCGGCUUGGAGGACGCUACCUCACGGAGCCAAGACCCCCGCCCUGGGUUGGGCUUCCCUGCUGACCGUCACGUUCGCCCUCGCGAUCGCUGGGGCCCGGAAGGCUGCCUUGGGAGACCGGAGCCUGCGGGGUCAUGGGGGCCGAGGGCAAUAGCCGCCAGCCCGCCGUGGGAGCUGAAAUCUGUCAGGACUGGAUCCCAUUCCGUGCCCUUCCUUGAUUCCGAGUCCAGGGGUCCAGGGUCGCUGGCACACACGUUUCCGGCCUAGUCCACUCAAUCACGCUCAUCCACCAUCACCACUUGGGGAUGGACGGAAAUCUUCAUCCUCUGGAGCUUUUCCCAUAGAAUCCAAGACCGAGAUUGACUGCGCUUUCCCACAGUCGAUCCAGUGAAGCGCCCUCUGACUCCCUUCCCGCCGCCCAGCUGGUGGCCGGGGAAGUUUGAAAGGAGGAACGAUUUAGCCUCCGAGCUCAUCCGAAAGCCGGUGCUGCCCCAGAGUUCAGACUCCUACGAAUGUCCCUGCUUCCCAUCCCAGCGUGCCGCCGUAAUCUCUCCAGGGAGGCGGACCUGAGGGUGGGCGCGUGCCUGCCUUACCUAUGAAUGAUCCUUGCGUCUUGGCUUGUGUCGGCAGCAGGGCCAGAGUGACCUGCCGGCCGGGUUACGUGGCCUGGAAGACUCCCCGCUGCCCUGAACUCCACUUUUGCAGAUGGAGGAAUCUCCAGGCCUGGCUCACCAGAGUUUCAGAAAAACACCCCGUCCUUACUGUGAAGAGUCAAUUAGGGCACAGCCAAAGUCAUAUUCUGACUCUAGGUGAGCAGCCUUGCCUGGUGGUGGAUCAGUCAAUCAAUGGUAUUUAUUGACGGCCUAUGAG